CGCGAUUUCAAACUCUCUUCCUCCUUCCUCCUUCCCUAUCGGUCGAAAAUAGACACAGCCCAAGCGCAGGGUCAUCUCAUAGAGACGAUGAUAACUGGGGAUAUACCUCCGAACCAAACCAUAUACAUUAAGAACCUCAAUGAGAAGGUCAAGAAAGAAGAAUUAAAGAGAUCACUUUAUUGUCUAUUCUCCCAAUACGGAAGGAUUUUGGAUGUUGUUGCCUUGAAGACACCCAAGCUUCGAGGGCAAGCUUGGGUUUGUUUCAGUGAAGUGAUGGCUGCCAGUAAUGCAGUACGGCAAAUGCAGGGAUUUCCAUUUUAUGACAAACCUAUGCGGAUCCAGUAUGCAAAAACAAAGUCUGAUUGCCUCGUAGAGGCAGAAGGAAACUGGGAUCCUAAUGCAAAAAAGAAGAAGAAGCAAGAAGAAAAAGCUGAACGAAAGAGACUCGCUGAAGAAGCUCAACAAUCUGCUACAGCUAAUGGUACAACUACUGAGAGUAGCAGAGGCCCAGCUUCUUUCCGACAAGGAAACCGGGGUGAACAGGAAACAGCUCCACCAAACAAUAUAUUGUUUAUACAGAAUUUGCCGUAUGAAACUACUAGCAUGAUGUUGCAAGUGCUUUUCUCGCAAUAUCCAGGAUUCAGGGAAGUCCGAAUGAUUGAAGCAAAGCCAGGUAUUGCAUUUGUAGAAUAUGAAGAUGAUGUGCAGUCCUCCAUGGCCAUGCAGGCCCUUCAGGGUUUCAAAAUUACUCCUCAGAAUCCGAUGGCUAUCACUUACGCCAAGAAGUAACCAACCCUUUUUUCUAGAUGUUGUAUUCUAUUUCUUGCCUUUAUUCAGUGCAUUAGGACAUGAGGAUUGAGGAAUUUCUUUCACAUGGAGAUUUUUAGAACUAAAGUAUUAUGAUACAAAUGAGAAUAUUCUCUUUGAAACCCAGAUGCUGAUCUGGAUUUUGUAUCAGCUUGGUUUUUUUGUUCACUUUCUUGUAUGCAGAAUUGGGUGGAGUAUCCACUUAUUCU